GACUGCAGACACAGUACAGGGGAUGACCAGAGACUGCGGACACAGUACAGGGGAUGACCAGAAACUGCAGACACAGUACAGGAGAUGACCAGAGACUGCGGACACAGUACAGGGGAUGACCAGAGACUGCGGACACAGUACAGGGGAUGGCCAGAGACUGCGGACACAGUACAGGGGAUGGCCAGAGACUGCGGACACAGUACAGGGGAUGGCCAGAGACUGCGGACACAGUACAGGGGAUAACCAGAGACUGCGGACAGGAGAUGACCAGAGACUGCGGACACAGUACAGG